AUGUCUGCCAAUCAGUGGACGUUCCCUCUCAUACUGCUGGUGGUCCUAGUCGUGUGCCUUCCCAGCCAUGGCGUAGCCGCAUUCGGUGCCGGAAACAUUCCUUCAUACGCGUAUCUGGAGGGAAAGGCAUUUCGCCACGGAGACAUUGAAGAUGCGCUCGCAGACCUUUCCAAGAAAGCGGGUGGUUUUGCGCUUGGGGCACUGAUCGGCAAGGGUGGCGCCAAAUUCGGCGGACUCGACAUUAAACGCGUCUACUUUGGUAACUGGUUGCGUGACUAUAGUCAAGCCGUCGACAUCGCUGGCUUGGAGAAACUCCCUCUUCAAACCAUUAUCAACUUGUGCAUGGUUCUCGGAUUCCUGGCUCACGGAUAUGCGACUGAAGAGUUUGAAGUCACAAAAGAUCGCCUCGGUGUCUAUCUACCGACCGAGCAUAUCGACAAUCCGAAAGGCUAUGGCGCUGGCAAGGACCCUCGCACGUACGAUCCCCGGCUACGCGGACCCGUAGAUCCCAGGGAGCUGGAGAUCGACAUGCAGACCGGUAUGAAGAACUACAUCGCGAAUGAGAAUGGAUCGUGGGACACCUCCCGAGCACUAGUUCGUCGGACGCUGGAACGCUGCAUCCAUAUGGGUCGCCAGUACAAGUCUACCAACCGCAAGGAAGACCAGUUCGAAGCCUUCCGCCUACUUGGACAAGCUCUCCACACGCUUGAGGAUUUCCCCGCUCACUCCAACUUCACCGAGCUUAGUCUCGUAGCCCUCGGACAUCGCGACGUCUUUGUGCAUGUCGGCGAUCGCGUUCGCGUCCGGGCGCCCAGUGGCAACAUGGUUGCGCCACUUGUGACCGGUACUUUCGGAGGCAGCGAUUUCAUCCACAGUCUGCUUGGCGAGGCUGGCGACCAUAUCAGUCAAGCGUCGGUUAGCGACCUCAACAAGGCUAUGGCUGCUGCACGCUCGCGGUCUGUCCAAAAUGGUCAAGGUCCCGUCGAUACUCUUCGUGACCUGCUGUUCAAGCUUCCCAACGGGAGUGGCAAUGAUAUGGAGCGCGAGAUGGAGGAUAUCGGACGCUUACGCGAUGCACCAAUGCAGGGUGGUCGCGCGCCGGAUCAGAUGAGCCCACAAGAGCUUCACGCUGUUCUGUGGCGGGUACUCAGCUUCCGUGACCGCGUUGUCAAGUCCAUCGAACAAACCAUUGAGAAGAUCCCCGGUCUGGGCUCCCUCAUUGAGAAGUUGCAGGAUUCGAUCGCCGUCUUCAUUUACACUACGCUGGAGCCAUACAUUAUGCCGCUCCUGAAGACGGCGACGUCGCAACUCAUGACAGCUUCCACCGAGGUUAUCAACUCGUCUGAUCAGUACGAGGUCUUCAAUGACCCUUCUGCAUCGGAUCCCACGCACUCCUUCCUCAGCAAGGACCACUUUAACCUCAUCCUGAACGAGCCUGCGGGGAACCUUGCCAUGAUCAUCGUCAAGUAUACUGUGAACCUGGUCGUCAAGGCUUGGACCGAUACCAGCGUGCACCCACGCUCUGUCACCGAGGAUGUUCUGCAAUGCCUUUUCCACCCUGAAUUCCACGAUCGCAACUCUGCCAUACAGCGCGAGAUGAUGACCUACAUGCAGAAGUGGUCGCAGUCGCAUGGCCAACAAUCCAACAUGAUCCUCGGGCGCCUCACGAAGGACGCUGUGCGUAACCACCAAAACAUUCGUCUGAAAGGCGAGGGUGGCCAGGGCGCUGCCGAGGGCUCAUACGCUGCGAACGCCGGACAUAACGCCAACGCAUCAAUCAAUAGCUACAUCACAAACAUCCCAGCCGUUCAACAAGCGCAGGGAUUGUACAACAAGGUCAGCAGCUUCGGGGCACCAGGUGCCGGCAUCGGUCGCGAGGGCGGAUUCAGUCCCGGCCCUGCGCCUCCCAUGCCCUCCAUCGAGGCGGAGACGACGUACCGCCCGCCUCCAACGCAUGCCCACGGUCGUCCCGGUGGUGAGGCAGACAACUACUAUCAGGCGGCUAGCGGUGGACCUCCGCCGCCAAACACGUCUUCUCGCCCACCGACUGGUGCCCCAUCUGGUCCGCCCUACCCUGGUCAAGGAGGAUCAUCAUACCCCGGACAAGGAGGGUCUUCUUACCCGGGACAGGGUGCGCCAUCCUUCCCUGGUGGCUCGACGUACCCUGGUCAAGGCGGCGGCGGUUACGGCGACUUCCCUGCGCCCAGCGGUCCGCCUCCAAUGCCUGGUCAACACUAUGGUCCCUCGACGUACCCGGGCCAGACUGGGGGCGCAAUGGACUUCCCAGCUGCUGAGGGUGGAUACAAUCCUGGGUACAUCAGCCCGCCGCCUGGUCCUCCGGGCAUGCCUGGCUUCCCUGGUGAAGGCGGCCCGCCGUUCCCAGGAGGGCCGCGAGGGUUCCCCGAUGCUCAGCCACACCACGGACACCACGGACACCAUGGUCAUCCCCGUUAUUGA